AUGUGCGUUUUAUGCAACAAAGUUUUGGGCAAUGACGCUAUGAAACCAUCUAAACUGCAAGAUCAUCUGAGAAGAUGCCACCCUGAUAAAACAGAGAAAGAUUUGAAAUACUUUCAAACACUCAAAGAUAAAUUUCAGAAGAGACCUACACUGGACAGAAUGUUCGCUUCGACGUCACAAAGAAAUGAUGAUGGUUUGCGGGCGUCUUACAAUAUCUCGUUACUUAUAGCAAAAUCCGGAAAACCGCAUACUAUCGGAGAGAAGUUAAUUUUGCCAGCCGUUGAAGAGGUUUUAAAAACUGUUUUACACAAACCUGCAUCUGAUACCAUUAAAAGAAUUCCCUUAAGCAACAAUACUGUUGAAAGACGUAUUGAUGAAAUGAGUUCUGAUAUUGAAAGCUUCUUAUGUAAUUAUUUGCAAACGACCCAUUUCUCUAUACAACUGGACGAGUCACCUUUACCUGAUAAUGCAGCAUUAUUAUUGGCAUAUGUUCGUUUUAUUAUGAAUCAAGAAAUCUACGAAGAACUGCUCUUCGCAAGAAUGUUGAUAACCGACACUAAAGGUGAAUCAAUAUUUCAUGUUUUGAAGGAUUACUUCAUUGAGAAAGCAAUUCCUUUAUCAAAUAUAAUAUCAGUAGCUAGAGAUGGAGCACCUGCCAUGGUUGGACGUUAUCGUGGAUUUAUAAGCUAUUUAAAACAAAAUGUGUCAGGGGUGUUAGCAAUACAUUGCGUUUCCAUCGACAACAUUUAG